AUGAACAAGAUGAAAGAUUCCUCUGAAGAGCUUCUGCCUCUGUCACAGAGACUCCCCAGUUUGUCUUCGGUUCCUACAAAGAGACGGUUUGUCAGGCUGCGAAGGAAGACCAGUGAGGGCUCCCAGUCAGCAGUAUCCACUGUGUCUACCUGCCGGUCAGCUGAGGGUGCAGCCGUCAAACAGCACAGCCAAAAUCCCAUCCGUCGCCACACCAACCACCUAUCAGACUUCUUCCUUCGCACCCCUGCAGCCGGCUCAGGCUCCAUGUCACAGACCACAGGGCUCCGAUCAGCACGCUCUGCGCAAGCCAGGAAGGGAAGCAUGCUCACUGCCGAAAUGCUGCCAGCUGAUGACCCAUCUGAGCUGUCCAAUCAGAUAACCGCCCCUGGAAUCCUGAAGAUCUUUGGAAAUGAAAUCUGUGUAGGUGCUCACUACAAGAGCGUCCUGGCCACCACACACUCCAGUGCGAAGGAGCUCGUCAAGGAGGCCCUGGAACGGUAUGGCCUGAACAAGAGGGAGGCAGAGUCCUACAUCCUCUGUGACACCAUCGGCUCUAUUGACAACCAUCAGUGGAGGACUGAAGGGUUCAGAGUUGUUGGCGACCAUGAAAAGCCCCUCAUCCUGCAGUCACUUUGGAAACCUAAAGAGGGUUUGGUGCGACGUUUUGAAAUCCAGCAAAGACGUUUGAUCGAGGAGAAGAUAUCUGGAGAGAAGGACACCAUCACUGCAGGUAUCAACGCCCAGGCUCGAAAGCUGCAGAAGAGCCGGUCCAGAGUUUCCUCCACCCUCUUAGAGAGGACAGUGGGUCGGAGCCAGAAACUUUUGAGGAGCAAAAGUGAGAUGGACCUCCUAGAUGGUGAGGCCAAACACGACACAGUACAUGAUACACGUGCCAAGGAUCAACAUGAGAGUCUCAGUCCUGCUACAGUUGUGAGCUACAAGUCCCUCAAAACAAGCCUUGAACAGAAUCUCCUUCGUGGCAUGGCAGUUCUUUCUGAGGGGGACGGAGGGUCAGAGGCCAAAACAGAGACCCUCUGUGUGCUGAGCCAGAGAGCCGAGCAGGAAGGAGACGAGUCUGAGAGGGAGGAGACGGAGAGCAGUGGUGAUAACACCACACAGUACUCCAUUCACCCGCCCCAGGACUGUCCAUACCUGCUGCUGCUUCAGGGCUGCAGCCCUGUACAGGACUUUAUCAUCUACCUGCUGGCUGCUCCUCAUGUUGUUAUGGGUCAACACAGAGCUCACAAAGACAAGGCAAAGAUUGACAUCCCUCUCUUUGCUGGCGACAUCCUCCCAAAGCACUGCUCCUUCCAGCGCCACAGUGUUGGUGGCCCUGUCGUGCUCUGCCCCUGUCAGGAUGCUGUGGUCACGAGGAACGGUGAAGUUCUGAGACGUGCCAUCUGGCUGAGCCCUGGUGAUGUCAUCGGGAUGGGAAAGCACUACUUGUUCCUUUUCAGGGAUCCUUUAAGUCUCACACAUAAGGAACCCAACAGUUCUGGUUCUGAGCCCUACUUGUCUGCUGCAGUUCCAUGGACAUUAAGUCACAGCUCUUUUGAAGCAACCAGCCACACAAAGGAAACAAUCCUCUGCAGCAGCUGCAUCUCCAACUGCACCAACCACCAAAGCUCAGACUGCGAACAGCCUCCAAACAGAACCGCUCUUUUUCUAAACUCACCUGGGGACCACAGCCGGAUUUUGGACUACCAGGCAGAGGAUGAAGAUCGGAUUGUCAGGGAGAUUGUUGCUAUGGGUGGUGUAGACAGACCUCCACUGACUGUGUCCUUUUUACUGAGCAUGUGUGUUCAGUAUUCAGCAGCGUGCCUUCAAACCUCAGACCUCCGCAGGCUCCUCCUGAUGAUUGCCAGUGGAGUUCAGAGUGCCAUGUGGGACUGCACUACAAAGAUAGCCACAGUUCAGUCCGAGGUUCACCCUAUGAAAGGGUCAAACUGUGAAAUCCUCAAGGCUGGCAGUCUGCACGAGAUGAUCGCAGAGCUACGCCCCCUGAUGGUAUGGAUGGCCAACAGCCUGGAACUGCUGCAGUUUGUUCAACACCAGCUGCCUCUUCUUCUGGAGAGGAGGAACCAAGAGGAGCAGAGGCAGGAGCUGAAUGGAGGAUGGGAAGGUAAUGUACUCAAGGCAGUGGAAAACGUAUCAUCAUUGGAGCUCCGCUUGUCUUGUGUUCGAUCUGCCAGUGAGGAGACCAUGGCUGUCCUGGAAGAGAUCAUCAUGCUUGCCUUCCAGCAAUGUGUCUACUACAUUACCAAGUUCCUUCAUCCAAUCCUACCGGGCCUGCUGGACUGCAACCCAUUCAGGGAGAGUCCGUCUGACCUAUGGGGAUCAGGGGACUGUGGUCAGGUCCCAGACAGCAACGGCCUGCAAGUCACCGGGGAGAUCUGGCAGGUGGUGGAUGUUCUAAACGAGAGCUGGAGGCUACUCUUAGACUGCCAGGUCCACCUCGAGGUUUCCUCACAGCUCCUAGGCUACCUCUUUUACUUCAUCAAUGCAUCACUCUUCAACUCACUUAUGGAGAGAGGCUCAGAGCCAGGUUUCUACCAGUGGUUCAGGGGUGUGCAAAUGCGAGCCAGUCUUGACCUGGUCCUGGACUGGGGUCACGCUGCCGGACUAGGAGAGUUGGCUUUGGCGCACACACACACCUUAUCUUCGGCAGUCAAUGUGUUGGCUACACCUAGGAAGAACUUACUGCAGACACCUUGGGCAUCAUUACGCACUGAGUACCCUGCCCUGAGCCCAGCCCAGCUGAACCACCUGCUGAGUCGGUACAGACCGACAGCUCCCUGCAGACAUAUGUGGACCCCAUCAGCGCAGGACCGAGCAGCGACACAGAAGACUGCUGACAUCCUGGAGAGCUUUGACACCCACCAUCCACUGGUGCUGCCUGAUGAAGGGUACCAGUUUCAGCUGAAGAGCACAGUAGCAGAUUCAGCUUUAGGAGAACAACUGAACAAGCUCAAAGAGUUCAUCACCUCCCUGUCUGAGAGCCAGUUAAAUACCACCGGGACUGGGAAGGUCCAGGGUGGUGCCGUUCAAACUGAAGCAAACAUCCUUGAAAAGUCCAGCUUGGACUCGUCCAACACAUCAGCAGAUGAGCUGGUCUUACUCCAGGUUUCAUCUCUACCCCCCUCCUCUGCUCAUCACAACAAGCUCAGCUGUGAUAGUUUGCAGGUUUUGGCCCAAAAGCUGAAACAUCUUGAGGUGCAGCACAAAGAGACAAAGAGCAGUGAACUGAAGAUGGCAGCUGCGGAACCUACGCUGCUCCUGACCCCACAUGGCACCCCCCAUCUGAUGGACCGGGUUGAGAUGGUGAAGGCUGAAGAAGAAAGUCUUCUCCCAUCCUCUGCCUCAAACGGUGAAGGUGUGUUGGCGUUCGAAUGUCUGGCUGAGCUGACGACUGACUGCAGCAGAGCUAAAACACUUAGGGAGCUGAAGGAGGAAGAGGAGGAAGAUGAUAAAGCAGAGGCAGACGAGGAUUUCAGCUUGGAGUUAGAGCGAGGAGAAGGAGGACUUGGCCUUUCUCUGGUGGACACAAGGAGCACGUCAGUAAAGGUGAUGGGGGUCUUUAUCCGAGCAGUGGUCACAGCCCCCCCUGCAGCCCAGUAUGAGAGGCUGAAGCCAGGAGACAGGAUCCUGGCUGUCAACGGGGUCAGUCUGCUGGGCCUGGAUUACGAGACUGGGAAGGAGCUGAUCCAGUCUUCAGGCGCCAGACUGAGAUUACUGGUGGCCCGACCCAACAUUGUGGCUGCAGCUCCUCACGCUGCCUGUUGA